UUGUUAGUACUAUCAGUAACUUUCUAUCUUCCCAUUUUAAGGCACUGUCACGAACAUAAAUUGGACGCGGUGAACGCAGCCUCGUUUGGCAAACUUAUUCGAUCAGUAUUCAACGGACUUCGAACAAGAAGACUGGGAACUCGCGGAAACUCAAAGUACCAUUAUUAUGGGAUUCGAAUCAAGGCUGAUUCGCCACUUAUGCAAGCACACGUACCUGAACCGUCAGAUGCUGACAGACUUUCGCUUGGAAAUGGUGAAGUACCAUUUAUUCAAACUCCGCAAACAGAUGGUCUCAUGGAAGCAUUGCCCAAACUUGGACUUGAGCUCUCUCACGUCGUGAUGUUUGUAAACGCCUACAAUCAUAAUUCGUCAGAUGCUGACAGACUUUCGCUUGGAAAUGGUGAAGUACCGUUUAUUCAAACUCCGCAAACAGAUGGUCUCAUGGAAGCAUUGCCCAAACUUGGACUUGAGCUAUCUCACGUCGUGAUGUUUGUGAAUGCCUACAAUCAUAAUUGUUCAGAGGUCCUUUACUGCGUGAAACAACUCCAGUUCGAGCAGAUUGAAGAGUACUGGACCUCCUUUUGGCAGCCAGAAGAUGACCUUGAUGAUGAGGACAAAGCCCUCGGCCAGGCUCGCCUCUCACAGCAGCAGCUCUUCUCACUCUGCACUUUGCCGCAAAUUCAGCACUGGAUUGUUUCGUUGGAUCUGGCCUUCUACCAAACGCUUGUCGAUAUUCUGGUGCCAGAUGUGCUGAUGAGCAACAUGUCA